AUGGACGAGCACAAGUCACUGGUGGGCCUGGGCCCACAGCAGCAUCCUGUUACACAUGACGACAACGAGGCUGGUCCUCGUCCUCUACCAACUCGCAGGAGAGUAAAGUCAUGGCUCCCUUUGGCGAUUCUCAUCUCCCUCGCACUAUAUCUCAUUCAUUCGUCAGUAUCAUGGUCCGACAGACGUGUCCUUGAUUGGUUCACAGAUGAUGCGCCGCCCGCCACCACCUCCCACCAGGGAGACAAAUAUCUCUUGGGCGUGGGGAAGGCCGAUAUCACUGGCCCGGUUGUCGAGGUCAACUUGAUGGGCUACGCAGAUCCAAAGCAGCUUGGAACCGGCCUGCGCCAACGACUGUACUCCCGCGCCUUCAUCGUAGGGAAUACGGAGAAUCCUACAGACCGAUUCGUCUACUUGGUGCUGGACAUCCAGUCAGGAGACACUGCUGUGAGAUAUGGCAUUCUGUCUGGACUCAAAGACCUUGGCCCCGAGUAUGCAGUCUAUCAGAAUCACAACAUCGCUGUCACAGGCACACAUUCACAUUCCGGGCCUGCCGGCUGGCUGAAUUACCUCUUACCUCAGAUCACCAGCAAGGGCUUUGACCACCAGGGCUAUCGAGCUAUAGUCGAUGGCGCCAUACUAUCCAUCGUCAGGGCUCAUGAGUCUCUUGAACCCGGCUAUCUCAGCAUUGGUUCCACCAAAGUCGAGGGCGCCAACAUCAACAGGAGCCUGUUCGCCUAUCUGGCCAAUGCGGAGGAGGAACGCUCCAAGUACAACAUCAGCAGCGAAGACGACGGUUCUGUUGAGAAGGACCUCAGCCUUCUCAAAUUUCAACGAGCGUCCGACGGCAAAAACAUCGGUAUCCUGACUUGGUUCCCGACCCACGGCACGUCCAUGUAUGGCAACAACACUUUAAUUACGGGCGACAAUAAAGGAGUAGCCGCCUACCUGUUCGAAAAGAGUGUCUCAAAAGAGCCCUCUGCUGCGGAGAACUUCGUCGCCGGCUUUUCGCAGGCAGACGUCGGCGACACCAGCCCUAAUGUGCUGGGCGCUUACUGCGAGGACGGCUCUGGGGAAAUGUGCAGCUUCGAGAACAGCACGUGCCCCAGCGAUGGACGGAGCCAAAAGUGCCACGCGCGUGGCCCGUUCUAUACGGCGGAUGACACCGGCACGUCGUCUUGUUUCGAGAUCGGCCGGCGCCAGUUCGCACCAGCCAAAGCUCUAUACGACGAGCUCAAUGCGAACCCUGUCCCCAUCAAAGGGCCCUGGGUCAAGUCCUUCCACACCUUCCACAAUAUGUCAAACUUCACUUUUCACCUGCCCAAUGGAUCAGUGGUCUCGACCUGCCCCGCGGCGCUGGGCUGGUCCUUCGCAGCAGGCACAUCAGACGGACCCGGGGCCUUCGAUUUCACACAACACGACGGCGACCCGUCCAACACAUCCCCAGUGUGGCGCGUGGUAUCUGGUGCCCUGAAGGAACCCACAGACGAGCAGCGCGCAUGCCAAGGCGUCAAGCCGAUCCUCCUCGACGUCGGCGAGGUGGACAAACCAUACGCCUGGACCCCCAACAUCGUCGACGUCCAGGUCUUCCGCGUAGGCCAGCUGCUCGUCAUCGUCAGCCCGGGCGAGGCGACCACCAUGGCCGGGCGGCGGUGGAAGGAAUCCGUCAGGGCAGAGAGCAUCGCGCUGUUCGACGACGGCGCCCGCCGCAACUCGGGCCCAAGCCCGGUCGUGGUGCUUGGUGGCCCGGCAAACAGCUACACGCACUACAUCGCCACGGAGGAGGAGUACUCGGUUCAACGAUACGAGGGCGCCUCGACGCUGUACGGGCCGCACACGCUCGCGGCGUACGUCAACGUCACGCUGUCCCACCUGCCGCUGCUCGACGCCCGCGCCGCCAGCCCCCCGCCGCCGCAGCCCGGCUCCCUGUUCCCGCCCGACAACACGAACCGCUCGCUCAGCUUCAUCACCGGCGUCGUGCGCGACGGGACGCCGCUGGGCCGUGCGUUCGGCGACGUCAAGCAGGACGUGCGCCGCCUCUACCGCGCGGGAAGCCCCGUUACGGCCGUCUUUGUCGGCGCGAACCCACGCAACAACCUGCGUCUGGGCCGCACGUACGCCGCCGUCGAGAAGCUGCAGGUCGUGACCGGCGGCGGCAACAGCGGGGACGCGGCCAAGGAGCAGCGUGAGGAGCUCUGGCGGACGGUCCGGGACGACAGCGACUGGGCGCUGGUCUUCCGGUGGCGGCGGACCAGCGAGGUGCUCGCCACGAGCGAGGUUGAGAUCACGUGGGAGACGGACAGGGAGGCCGACGGGGAUUUGGAGCCGGGGGUCUACCGGAUCCGGUACUACGGGGACUGGAAGAGCCUUGGGGGCACCAUCACCGAGUUCGAGGGCGUCACGGGUGCUUUCACGCUGGUGUGA